GCGGAUAGAGCUUGGGGUAUAGGAGUGAUUAGGGAGAAAGAGAGGGGCAGUUUUGUCUUUUGGGAGGAGUAGGGUUGUGUUUAAAGGUUGGCACUGUUCACGCAGAAAAGAGGUUUUUUUCCUCCGUGCUCUUUCCGCCGCCAGGAGGAGGAUGCCCGGACCUAGCUGCUUGUGUUGCCCAUGACAUCAGCCAAGCCGGACGCCGACAGCCUCCUCCCCGCACGACACUGUCCCUUACUCGCCGGAGCCGCCCCACACGUCGACGCCAUCCUCUCCACCGCCGACGCCGCCUUCUCCUUCCUCACCGGAACAGGGAGGGGGCAGCUUCUCUCCCACACCGCCGGCUGCGAGUGCCUCAGCCGGCAGUGGCUUCCAGACGUUCGCCAGCGCCUCCCUCAGGCCACAUGCUUUCUCUAGAGGCUGCCGCCACCGGCACCUCCCGCUGCAGCCACUGCCGCCGCCGUCUCCGGCCACCAACGCCAUCGUCUCGGGCGACCACUGCCACAACCAUCUUUGGCGGCCAGCGCCUCCGACAUCCGGCGCCGUCUACAGCGAUCGAUGUCGCCAUGGCUAGCGCAGUUGCCUCUAGCGGCUGUCCCCAUCGUCUACAGCGGCUGUCGCCGUCUCCGCCUACUCCGGCGUCCGCCGUCACCUCUUGUAGCCACUGCAGUAGCCGCCGACACCUCCGGGCAGCAUCGCCACCCUCCGAGCAGUCGCCUUCCGAGGGCUCAGGUAUCGCACUAUGCCUAUAUUCCGGUCUGCGAGCCGAGAGUGUGUUCGGCCUUCGUGCCACUGUUGCAUGCCGGCCUGCGAGCCAAGGUUAUAGUUGGACCGUUCAUUGUCUUGCGGAUCCAUAUCGCGCCCAGCUUCUAGCCACCGGAGCCAGCUACUCAUCUAGCAGGCAUCUACCUACUCCUCACGACUGCGGUGACUCGAUCAGCACCGCGACCAGCUCAUCCAUCCAUCCGAGGGCGCCCCCCCGGGGCCAGGAGAUCGGGGCAACCUGGUCACUGGUUGCAGGUGUUGUUGACCAGAAGACAUCGGACGACUUGGUCAACACAGGAGACAACUCAUCAACCUGGUCAUGGGGAUGCGGUCAACUUUCCAGACACGUCACACCGGCAGGCAAGGUUGAAGCCUCUACAGUCGACGGUUCAGGGGGCUGAAGCUUCAGCAGUAGAAGAGGUUUGAGGUGCUGGUGGUACUGAAGCUUCAACUAUUGACACUGAUUUGAACUUGUCGAUGUAGUAACUGAGAGGUGGUCCGGCAUAGUCGACAGUGGGUACUUGUGGCUGAUUUUUGCCAACUUGAACGAGUAUGAAGGAGGCUGCAGCGAUAGAAAACAGCGCUACACCAGCAGUUAUGGCCACAGUAUUCCCAGUUCCAUCGACUGAAAUUCCAGCAGUGCCCGAACUUAUCACACUAUCUGCGACGUAAACUGCUGGCUGGACAACAAAGAUUUGCAGUAACUUUUGUCAGCAUAACUACCGGCUUUCUAAGAACAAAAGGUUACCACACAGAGGCAGACAUUGCAAACCUCGACCGAGUAGAUGUUUGUUUGUCCAGCAGUAUCUUUCUCGACAUAACCAGUCCAGCCCUUGUUUCGAGGUGGGAAAGUCCCUACCACCUUUGUUCUUUCAGCGGCUAACCAUUCUACGCUGACCUUUCCAACCUGCAAAAAUAUGUAAGCUUUGCUUGGAUAAUUGUCUUGCCAGUCAAGAAAGAAACCACAUCUUUGAUGAAACCAAAAGAAUAACAUGUUUAUUCCGAAAUGCUACAAUGACAUCAGGCCAAGAAUUUAGUUACUGUUGCACUGGAAAACGCAAGUGUUACUGUAAAUUCUACUAGCUGUUUGAAAACAUUGAAACUAAGACAACAAUUCAACUACAAAUAUCAAAUUAUGAAUUUGAUAUUUUCUAA